UCCAGAGUUUUGGAAUUUACCUUGUGACAUUUCUUUCCAUUUUGUCUCCUUCCAUCGAUUCCUUUUCAACUUCCCGAGCUGGUAGUAUCCUCUGGAUCUCUAGCCGUUUUGGGGCCGAGUGUAUCUUGUCACUUGCUGCUGUUUCCGUUAGCAUCUCAGAGCUUCUAGCUCUUGUUCUUCCUGCCGCGAAUCCUGUCUUUGAUGUCAGUCCAUGGACUAAAAUCUCUGCACCCCCUGUCCUCUGAAACCCCAUGUUCUUGCUGUAAUUUUACUCUCGGCCUCUUCUUCUCCAGCCUGCCUGUCGCACUGCCAUGGAAUUGAAUCGCCUUGAUUGCAAUCCUCAUUCUCUCCUGCAAUUCCACUACUGCGUUUAUUACAUCGUAGCUCAGACAAAUCCCAUCUGUUUCUUCCCCGCCGAAGGCGUCGCGAUCUUCUUCCCAUUUAAGCGCAAUGAGUGUGGGAUCCAUUCCAUUGAAUUGAAGAGGGGCGUGGGGGCGUUUUAAUGGCCGCACAGUGAAACUGCGUCCAUUUCUCUAUCGCCAUCAAUGAGCGGCUCGCCAUUGCCGGACGUUCUUGCGCCGUUCAUUGGUAAGAUCAAGGAAUUGGCCGACGACUCGCCGGUCAGAGCUCCGGCGCGGACGCCUCAUCGCAGAGUAGCGCUGCACGGCUUCCCCGGCGGCGCCGAGGCGUUUGAGCUUGUCGCGAGGUUCUGCUACACCGGCGGCACCGGUCUAGCGGUGACCGCGGCCAACGCCUGCGCGCUGCGGUGCGCUGCUCAGUUCAUGGACAUGGCGGACGCGCCCGCGUCGUCGGCUAAGCCGAGCCUGGUGAAGAUGACGGAGAAGGUCCUGGAAGAGAUGCCGCACUGGCCGUGGCAGGCCGUUGUGGACGCCGUGAAGGAGUGUCAGUGCAUGUUCCCGCUCGCCGAGUCCACCGGCGUGUUCGACAGGGUCGUCGGCGCGCUGCUGUCGCAGAUGGCCGUCCCGGGCGACGCCACGCCGACGAGCUCCUCGCCGGAGAGCUCGGCGUUCCGGUUCUCCUGCGACACCAAGUGCAGCAGCCUCAGCAUGCGCCGCACCUGGUGGUUCGAGGACCUCGUCGUCCUCAGCCCCGGCAUGGUGGAGCGCGUCGCCAAGGCGCUCCUGGCCAGGGGCGCCGACCACGGCAUCGUCGCCCGCUUCAUCUUCUAUUACCUCAAGUGCCGCAUCGCCGGCGCGAACGCGGAGGACAAGAAGGCGAUGCUGGAGGCUGCGAUCACCGUCAUCGCCGACCUCGACCGGAGCUCCGUUUCUUGCAAGGGCCUCUUCGGCAUCCUGAGGAUCGCGUCCCCGCUCAAGCUGGCCGGCGCUUGUCAGGAUACGCUCGUCGACAUGAUUGGCCGCAAGCUGGACCACGCGACGCUGGACAACCUGCUCGUCCCGGCGCCGUCCGGGACGGGCAGCCUGUACGACGUGAGCCUGGUGUUCAGGUUCUUGGAGGCCUUCAUGCGCCAUACCGGCGGCGCGCAGGUCGAGCCGCCGAGGCUAAAGAAGGUGGGGGCGCUCAUGGACAUGUACGUGGCCGAGGUCGCGCCGGACCCCUCGCUCCGGCCGGCCAGGUUCGUGGAGCUGGCGACCGCGCUGCCCGCCGCCGCGAGGGACUCCCACGACGCGCUCUACCGCGCCAUCGAUGUCUACUUCCAGGUUCACGCUCGCCUGAAGGACGACGAGAAGAUGAAGAUCUGCAAGGGCAUCAACUACGAGAAGCUCUCGCCGGAGUGCUGCAAGCACCUCGCGACCAACGCCGGCUUCCCCACGAGGGCGGCGGUGCAGGCGCUGGCGUCGCAGCACACCGUGCUCAAGGGCAUCAUACGCCACUCCGGCCCGCUGAAACCGGCGUCGUCCCCUCCACCUCCGUUCACGGGGAAGUAUCACCAGCACAUCGAGAGCUACAACGACAUCGACGGCGACGACGGCAACGGCCAGGUCGUCCUGUACGCCAGCAGGCUGGACCUGACGCUGGAGAACCAGAACCUCAAGUCGCUCCUCGACGGGAUGCACUGGCGGGUCAUGGAGCUGGAGAAGGUAUGCAGCCGGAUGAAGACGCAGAUGACCAAGAUGAAGUCCUCCAGGAGACGCGCCGCGAGAUCACUCCCCAAGAUGUGUUCUUGAGUCAUCCCAUUUCACUCUGUCACAACAACACUGCACAGUAGUGAAUGUACAUAGGGCUAGAUGCAGCUGCAGGUUUCAGCAUCCCUGCAUCCUCCUGUUUCUGUUCUUUUUUUUGCUUCACUUUUGUGAAAAUUUCUCCUGUGUAUCAGUUCUUGGUGAUUAAUCUGAUGUCAGUGGAGAUUAUCUCGGGAA